AUGUCGAGCUUAAAGGAAACCCGAGAUUUACUUUUAGUUUCCUGUGUCAAAGGAAUCAUAAACGCAAAUGAAUUUGCUAUUCUUUACGACGUAAAUAUGUCAAAAAAUCCACUAUUUCCGUACGACAACUAUGAACAAUUCUCACUGGACAAUUUCAGCGAAGAAGAAUGCAUAGCUGAAUUUCGUGUUGAGAAAAAUGAUUUGCCCGUUUUGGCAGAUGCCCUUGGAAUUCCACCUGUUUUUCGUUGCUCACAGAGGUCCGUGUUUGAAGGAAUGGAAGGCUUGUGUAUGCUGCUUAAACGCCUUGCAUAUCCCUGUCGUUACAGUGACAUGAUACCUCGAUUUGGCAGACCUGUCCCAGAAAUUAGCAUGAUGACCAAUGUUGUUCUAGACUGGAUUUACAACGAACAUGGCCACCACCUUACUGAUUUUAACCAGCCCUUCCUCUCCCGUGCCUCUCUGCGAACAUAUGCAGAUGCAAUCCAUCAAAAGGGUGCGGCGUUGAAUAACUGCUGGGGUUUCGUUGAUGGCACUGUCCGCCCUAUUUGCCGUCCACUCCAAAAUCAGCGAAUCGUCUACAAUGGCCACAAAAGGGUACAUGCCUUGAAGUUCCAAUCUAUUGUAACACCUAAUGGUCUUAUCGCCAACUUGUAUGGCCCAGUAGGUGAGUAGAACUAUAAUUAUAUUUAACCAUGAGUAAUAACCAAAGGUAGUAUUAUUUUCACUCUAUUAUUUUUUCCAACAUUCACCGUAUUUUUACGUAAAUUUUGUGCUCCUGUUAUCUGUGAAACGAUAAUUGCAAUGUUAAAUUUACAUAUAAUACUGCAGCAAAAACGGUGAUAUGGGAGAGGGUUAUCUUGAUACGGUUUGGAAAUGUUCGAGAGGAGAAGGGCGGGUCUUGAAAGAAAAAGGGAGGAGCUUAAUAAUUGUGCUAUUAUUGUCAUAUAAUUAUAAUCUUCAUUUUUGUCUUUCAAGAGGGCAGGAAGCAUGACAAAACUCCACAACAGCACUUAACUCGUUAAACUUACACGGCCUCCGCCAACUUCACUUAACUUGAUAAACUUACACGGCCUCCGCCAACUUGAAAAAACACUGCUUUCGUCACACUUGACUAAACACGACCAACGUCAAACUCUCUUCGCUUGUGAAAACUAGUUAAAACUUAACUCGAACUGCCUACUUAUAUACUUUUACAAUAAAGUUCUAGAACAUUCCAAAUAGUCUAAUUAUAGAAACGCUUACACAAGAUCCUAAAAUAGACAAACUACGAACUCUCGCGAAGCUUCUAGAAUGUCAAGUUUAAAAGUCACGCAAUACAAUUUUCGUAACACUUGCCGAUUCCGGAGUGUACAACGAGUUGGCUACGAACUCUUUCGACCCGGCUGGUCACCCUUUGUGCCUAUACGGAGACCCGGCAUACCCACUGAGAGUCCAUCUCCAAGCUCCCUUCAAAAAUGCGGUUCUUGCCCAGCAAAUGACAGAUUUUAAUAAUUCAAUGAGUGCCGUUCGUUCUUCAGUAGCGUGGCUUUUCAGCGACGUUAUCAACGAUUUUAAGUUUCUUGAUUUUAAGAAAAACUUAAAGAUAGGUUUGAGCUCAGUGGGAAAAAUGUAUGUGGUUUCUGCUUUGCUCAGGAAUGCCAUAAUAUGCUUGUAUGGAAACACUACAUCCAGUUUUUUUUUUAUCUCGACCCUCCAAAUAUUUAUGAUUAUUUCUCUUAAAUUAUCAUUUACUAACAAACUGUCUCAAUUAGGAACAUUCGUAAUGUUAUAGCAUCUUGUGAAAUAAACAAUUAAACAUUUUUAACUGGUGAGAUUCCGUCAAUUUACUAUAAGUACAACCUGCAAUGCAAACACAAUAUGACUGCAAGAGAAUGAAGGAAGAAGUUCCAGAUAUUUUGGGGACUUAAUUUCUUAAAAUCAUGUAACAACACAACAAAGUUCUCUAGAUUGCUUACUACAGGUUGUAAGCAAAAUAGCAAUGCACUCUAUUUUUGCUCUGACAUUUUCUGAAAUAAGGUGGCCAUAAGCUGCGCCUGCUGCUUCUGGGAUUCCAUAAACAUAGUUUGCAUCUGUUGUAGUUGUUGCUGCAUCUGCUGUUGUUGUAGUUGUUGUUGUUGGUUCUGUUGCUGUAGUUGUUGCUGGAACAUGGAAAUCAUCUGCUGUUGUUUCUUCUGUUGCUCAGUUAAAAGCGACUGCUCACUUUUCUUAG